AUGUCGGCGGAUCUGUUUGCAGACUGGAAGAAGGAAGAAGCGUCGGUCCCUGACGUCCGAAGCGGCGCUGGGGGCUCUGGAGGAGGCGCCUACGACGGCGCUCUGUACGCGGCUGGUGCUGUGACGAGUGACGGGAAUCCUGCUGGCGGCCGCAGCAGCAGCAACAACAAUGAUGACUUUGACUUUGAGACGGUCGGUGACGACGACGCGUCGAGGCUCACGAAGCCGGAGAAGCCCCUGUUUGAACUUCAGGAGCACGGUCUUAAGAUCUCCCGUCGCAAGGGGUUCACGCUGAUCUGCAUGGGCGUGGGCAAUGGCGUACUGGCCAUGGGUUCUCAAGAGGGCGUCCUUCUCCGCUGUACGACGGAAGCCACCGACAGCAACGGGACGAUCGAGGAAAUCAUGAUUGAGCCACGUGUAGCCAUGUCUAGUGUGUUCAUUGAUCCCACAGGAGCCCACGUGCUCGUGUCGAUGGAAAAUGGCUCCAACUUUUACUUGCACACGGGAUCGACGCGUCCAAAGAAGCUUCUCAAGACCCAAGGAAUGCAGUUUACGAGCGUAGCGUGGGACCGCCAGUCUGGAUCGCCAGAAGCGUCGGAGCCUAUACUGAUUGGAACUACCUCGGGUGCAGUGUUUGAAGCAGCGUUUGAUGGAGGCAAGGAAAAAGCGGUGACCAAAGUGUUUCAGAUUGCCAACCAGGGAGCAAUUGCUGGCAUCGCUUUCGAGCACUGGCAUCUGCGAUCAGGAGAGAAGCGACACUAUGUCAUGCUCACGACGUCGGCAUCAGGAAAGAGACCGACGCGUGUGUUAUGA